CACGUGACAGCUGUUUGAGUGAAUCAAAUGAAUACGUGUAACACAAGUGAGGCAUCAGUUGUGUUGAAGUGAACACACAUUCAAGUAAUUAAACUCAAUAUUUGUGUUAAUUUGUGUCCAGAAGUAAGGAUCAAAUCAGUGAAGACAUGGAUCAAGUGAUGUCAUUCGUAGAGCCCGGACGACAGUUCGCCAAAGACUCGAUCCGUUUGGUCAAGAGGUGCACAAAACCCGACCGAAAAGAGUUCCAGAAGAUAGCGAUGGCCACAGCGAUCGGGUUUGCGAUCAUGGGAUUCAUUGGAUUCUUCGUUAAACUCAUUCACAUUCCCAUCAAUAAUAUCAUUGUUGGCUCAUAAAUCGGAUUUCAAGCCAUAAAACGCUUUUAUUUUUUUGCAAAACUUAUAAAAUGAAUAAAUUUUGAUUUCAAUUUA